AUGGAAUCAACUUCGAAGAAGGUAACUCUGAGCAGCUCCGACGGGCGGACUUUCGAGGUGGAGGAAGCGGUUGCAUUCCAGUCUCAGACGAUCAAACACUUGUACGAAACAGGUUGCACCGGCGGCUUCAUACCUGUCCCUAACGUCACCGGCGACAUCUUAUCCAUGGUUCUCCGAUACUGCGAGAAGCACGUAGAUUCGGAUACCGCCGCUGGCAAGGAAAGCUUCUACGAUAACAAACUCAAGCGCUGGGAUGCUCUUUUUGUCAAGGUUGACCAAAGCACCCUCUUCGACCUCAUCUUGGCGGCCGACUUUAUGAAUAUAAAUAGCUUGAUGGACUUGACAUGCAAAACUGUUGCCAACAUGAUGAAGGGGAAGACAAGUGAGGAGAUUCGUGGUACCUUCAACAUCAAGAACGAUUACACCCCCGAGGCAGAAGAGAUGGUUAGGAGGGAGAACCAAUGGGCAUUCGAAUGA